AUGGGGGUGAAUGAGCAAACCCCGCUUUGGCUCGACUGUGACACUGGCCACGACGAUGCUUUGGCUAUAUUACUUGCUGGCCACAGCCCGGAAGUAAGGCUGCUGGGCAUCAGUACAGUCUUCGGCAACGCUUCCUUGAAGCACACGACUUACAACACGCGCGCCAUACUACAAGCGAUUGAUCGGACCGAUGUGCCAGUAUAUGAAGGAGCUCAAAAGCCCUUGCUUCGAGAUCCUCUGCACGCACCGGCAAUUCAUGGCGAAAGCGGGCUCGAUGGAACUACGUGCCUGCCAGAACCGAUUGUUCCUGUCAUGAAAGACAUGUCCGCUAUAGACGCAAUGUAUGUGUCUUUGUCAUCUGAACCAGUAGGUACGCCAUGGCUGGUGGCCACCGGGAGUUUGACCAAUGUCGCCACACUGUUCAAGCGGCAUCCAGAUCUUGCCUCUCACCUGGGUGGACUUAGCAUCAUGGGUGGCGCAGUCGGGGGCAACUUCACUUCUGCGCCCAUGGGCAGAGUGCUCGGAAAGGGGCUGCGCUUUGGCAACCAUACCGCCACCGCAGAGUUCAACAUCUACUGCGACCCGGAGGCGGCUCAAUCGGUGUUUGGCAACCCUGUGCUGGCUGUCAAAACAGUCCUGGUUCCACUGGAUUUGAGCCAUCAGUUUCUCGCGACACGAGCGGUUCAGAUGGGCUUGCUCUUUGGAAUCGGCACGCCUGCACACCGUGAGCCCACCAGUGCUGCUGCAUCGCCGAUUCGGCGCCUCUAUUUCGAGAUCCUGACGUUCUUCGCCGGAAGCUACGCUGAAGUUUUUGGAAUGACAGAAGGACCGCCGGUACACGAUCCGCUCGCCGUUGCAGCAGCAGUGCGCCCUGACCUUUUCCACUGCAAUGUGGCGGGAAGAAAGGGCCCAUAUGAAGAAGAACGAUUUCAGGUCUCAGUCGUUACGGAGGGCGAGCACGGGUCCUCCAGCGAUAUUCUUAACGGACCGUCACAGUGCGGUAGGACAUUAAUCCAGCCGCUCCCGUACGGUUUACCGGGCACAAAGGUACCACGAGGUUGCGAAACGCAGGUGCUUUGGGGAAUGAUCGAAGCGUGCCUCCGCGCUGUGGAGGAGAGGAUGCAGCCGAGAUCUCAUCGCCAUCAUGCAUCUACCAAAGCAUAG